CCCCGUCCUCUCCCUACCUGGCGCUCACCUGGCCCAGGCCGGGGUCCCGCCGAGAGUCGGGAAGGCGCGUGCCAGGGGCGCUAGGGAACCUCAGAGCGCGCAUACCAUGGGGCCGCUGCCGGGGGCCGGGGUCUUCUGCCGCGGUGGUUGUGGCUUUUCCCGAUUGCUGGCCUGGUGCUUCCUGCUGGUUCUGAGUCCGCAAACCCCCGGCUCCAGGGGAGCCGAAGCCGUGUGGACCGCGUACCUCAACGUGUCCUGGCGGGUUCCGCACACCGGAGUGAACCGCACCGUGUGGGAGCUGAGCGAGGAGGGCGUGUACGGCCAGGAUUCGCCGCUCGAGCCCGUGGCUGGGGUCCUGGUACCGCCCGACGGGCCGGGGGCGCUCAAUGCCUGUAACCCGCACACGAAUUUCACGGUGCCCACGGUCCCGGGGGACUGGGGCAGCAGCGUGCAAGUGUCUUGGUUGGCCCUCAUCCAGCGCGGUGGGGGUUGCACCUUCGCAGACAAAAUCCAUCUGGCUUACGAGAGAGGGGCGUCUGGAGCCGUCAUCUUUAACUUCCCGGGGACCCGCAAUGAGGUCAUCCCCAUGUCUCACCCGGGUGCAGGAGACAUUGUUGCAAUCAUGAUUGGCAAUCUGAAAGGCACCAAAAUCCUGCAAUCUAUUCAAAAAGGCAUACAAGUAACAAUGGUCAUUGAAGUAGGGAAAAAACAUGGUCCUUGGGUGAAUCACUAUUCGAUUUUUUUUGUUUCUGUGUCCUUUUUCAUUAUUACGGCAGCAACUGUGGGCUAUUUUAUCUUUUAUUCUGCUCGAAGAUUACGGAAUGCAAGAGCUCAAAGCAGAAAGCAGAGACAGUUAAAGGCAGAUGCUAAAAAAGCUAUUGGAAGGCUUCAACUCCGUACACUGAAGCAAGGAGACAAGGAAAUUGGCCCUGAUGGAGAUAGUUGUGCCGUGUGUAUUGAACUAUAUAAACCAAAUGAUUUGGUGCGCAUCUUAACCUGCAACCACAUUUUCCAUAAGACAUGUGUUGACCCGUGGCUGUUAGAACACAGGACUUGCCCCAUGUGCAAAUGUGACAUACUCAAAGCUUUGGGAAUUGAGGUGGAUGUUGAAGAUGGGUCAGUGUCUUUACAAGUUCCUGUAUCCAAUGAAACUUCCAGUAAUGCUUCUCCUCAUGAAGAGGAUAACCGCAGUGAGACGGCUUCAUCUGGAUAUGCUUCAGUUCAGGGAGCAGAUGAACCACCUUUGGAGGAACAUGCACACUCAGCAAAUGAAAAUCUACAGCUGGUAAACCAUGAAGCAAAUUCCAUGGCAGUGGAUGUUGUUCCUCACGUUGACAACCCAACCUUUGAAGAAGAUGAAAGUCCUGAUCAGGAGACCACUGUUCAAGAAAUUAAAUCAUAA